UCGCUCGCACGCGUGCAGCUUGUGGGCGCGCAACGGGAAGAUGGCGGACGCAGAAAUCACUCCUGGUAAGAAAGAGAAGAAGAAGAAGACUAAGAAAAUUUCAGAUGAUGAAAUUGGGGAAAUUCAAGAAACGGGAGAUUUCCUCAUCAAACCCGAAUCCAAGGUUGCCAAGCUUGACACAUCCCAAUGGCCUUUGCUACUCAAGAACUUCGACAAGCUGAACAUCAGGACGGCUCAUUACACACCUCUGCCUCAUGGCUCAAAUCCACUGAAGAGAAACAUUAAUGACUAUGUCCGAUCUGGCUUUGUUAAUCUGGACAAACCAGCUAACCCUUCCUCUCAUGAAGUGGUGGCCUGGAUCAAGCGGAUCCUGCGUGUGGAGAAGACUGGCCACAGCGGCACCCUGGACCCAAAAGUUACAGGGUGUCUGAUCGUGUGUAUUGACCGUGCAACAAGACUUGUCAAAUCUCAACAGAGCGCUGGCAAAGAGUAUGUGGGAAUAGUACGGCUGCACAAUGCGAUAGAAAAUGAGCAUCAGCUUGCAAGGGCUAUGGAAUGCCUCACUGGAGCCCUGUUUCAGAGGCCUCCUCUCAUAGCUGCAGUGAAGAGGCAGCUGCGAGUGAGGACCAUCUAUGAAAGCAAGCUGAUUGAGUAUGAUCCAGAGAGAAGACUUGGUAUCUUCUGGGUGAGCUGUGAGGCAGGCACAUAUAUCAGAACGCUGUGCGUUCACCUGGGGCUGCUGUUGGGAGUAGGUGGCCAGAUGCAGGAGCUCAGGAGGGUCCGCUCUGGAGUGCUGGGUGAGAAGGACUGCAUGGUGACUAUGCACGACUUGUUAGAUGCCCAAUGGCAGUUUGACCACAACAAGGAUGAGAGCUAUCUGAGGAGGGUCAUCUAUCCUUUGGAGAAGCUGCUCGUCUCACACAAGAGGAUUGUUAUGAAGGACAGUGCAGUGAACGCUAUCUGCUAUGGCGCUAAGAUCAUGUUACCUGGUGUUUUGCGGUAUGAAGAUGGCAUCGAAUUGAACCAAGACAUUGUCGUCAUUACAACUAAAGGAGAGGCUAUUUGCACAGCUGUAGCUCUGAUGACAACAGCAGUCAUCUCUACAUGUGACCAUGGUGUGGUGGCCAAGAUCAAGAGGGUCAUUAUGGAAAGAGACACAUACCCACGCAAGUGGGGUUUAGGGCCCAAGGCCAGUCAAAAGAAAAUGAUGAUCCAGAAAGGACUGCUAGACAAACAUGGCAAACCAAAUGGCAGCACCCCAGCAGAGUGGAAAGAGAGCUAUGUAGACUACAGCAAAUCCAAGACUGGAGCAGCAGCUCAAGAUGUUGAAGCCACUCAGUCAGGAGCAAAGAGGAAACGGGAUGAGAGUGGAAGCGAGGGUGAAGCUGUGCCCACAACCCCCAAGACAGAUGACGAAAUUAAGAAAGAAAAGAAGAAAAAGAAGAAGGAGAAGAAAAUGAGGCUAGCACAGGAAGCGGCAGAAGCUGCUGAAGCUAUGGAGGAAGCACCAGCUGCUGGGGAAGCUGAGGUCACAGAGAGUGCUAAGAAGAAGAAGAAGAAAAAGAAGGCGAAAGAAGCAGAGGCUGAUUCCGACUGAACUCAGACUUGUCCAAUAGACUGUUCAGAACCCUCAACGAAAGUGAGGGAGAGGGCUUAGAGACUGUAACUGCGCCAUGAAGAGACCUCAUGAGAUCCGCCCAAAUGGGACUUUACUCCUUUUACCUUCCUUCACAUAAUCAUCUUUGUAUGUCAGUAUGGCUGUCAAGCAUUUGAUGGUUGAACUAUUUUUAAGAAUGGGUUUGAUGGAUUUGAAACCAAAUCUCAGUAUUCCACAUGGUUCCCACUGAUGUAUAUUUUGAUUGGAGUUAACAACUUGUUUCCAUUAGAAAGCUUUGGAAGAAGGAAACUGCUGCAGAAAUAUCUAAAGUAGUAAUUUGACAUGUUCUAACCAAGCCUCAACCAAGUGAUCCAGCCCCAACACAAUGUGAAUUCAUGUACUUUUAUGUAAAAUGACAUAAAAUUGCCAAACUUUAGGACUGGAAUUUCAGUAUGAGGUUCACGGAUGUAAGAAAUCAACAAUGGUUAUGAACAACGAUUAUCCUAUUGCCCCCUACACCCCACCUUUUUCCCCCUCUCCUUCCUCAAAGUGCAUUUUUAUUUACUUUUUUUUCCUUUUUUUUUUUUUUUUUAGGGGGUGAUAUAAUGCUAUUUUAUUUUGUAUCGUGUCUGUAUAUAUAACAGGAUCAAAUUGUAAUCCUAAAGCAAUGAGCAAACAAGAUUUUUUUUUUUUCUACUUUGUUUGACUGUUGUAUUUAUUGUUCCAAGGUAUUCUAAUAGUUAAUUGUACAGGUGAUAUAAUCAAAGAAGUCAGGUUUUCCAGUGUUAGAUGUUUUAAUUCAUUUCAAAAGUGCCAUACCUGAUGAGCUACAUCAUGAUAAAGUACUGACAAGUUGCCUUAAGUCUGGACAAUUUCCCUGUAUAGUACAGUACAUGUAAACGUUACAUUGGGAGUUCCAUGGCACUUCCUAUUAGAAUAAUACAAAACCAAAGCCAGCUCAAGGUCAAUUUAAAGAUCAGACCUUUUAAAACCAGAAUGGUGUUUGUCACAGUAGUGGUCCUUUUUGCAUUACUAACUUAUCCUACACAUUUUGCCUGAUGUUGCUCUGCUCUUCAUAAACUGACGAAACUCAAUUCAU